AUGGCAACCUAUGUCAUAUUCGACCUAGAAACUACUGACUUGCGAGAUCGAAAAAUCACAGAAUUUUGUAUGUCUGCCGUUGCGAGAUGCCAUCUCGAUGUCACGGAAAAUGUAAAUCCAUAUUCAGUGAUACAGGAAAAGAUUCGAAUAUCUGUCGACCCCAAAAGAACUGUCGAACCAGUAGCAGUAGACCUAACUGACUUAACACGGAAAGAUCUCUUGCUACGUCAGAAACUACCGUGGAGUUUGCUCACAAACACACUAAUUGCUGAUUUUUUGAAACGGCAGACACAACCAUUGUGUAUUCUUGCUUUCAAUGGAAAUAGAUUUAACUUCAAGGUGUUGAAAACGCAUAUAGGUUCUAUGCCCGUCGAGAAAUAUUUCUCUCGAUACUUCAGCGCAGACGUAAUGGUUGGAACGAGUCGCCUCUUGAUGGAAAAGGGCGUAAAACUAGGGAAUAAAAAAAUUGGAUACUAUGUUCAAACAUUUGGUUGGAGAAUGUGA